UUCACUUUAUUCAGAUAACAUUAUUUGAUGAUCACAUCACCAUUUUCAUCCUCUCUCCACUCCUAAAUUUUCUCACAACAACCCCUCAAAAAUCGCGAAGAAUAUCACACUUUCGAACAUCUUCCCAAUAAUUUCAAACAAAAGUCCCACUUUUCCAAACAAUCCCUCUACAAAUUCACAAAUUUCCCCCCUUUUUUCAAUUUCUGGGUUAAUUGUUUCUGGGAUUUCAGAAAUGAGUUUACUAACAACAUCAUCAUCAUCAACUACUUGGUCUUAUCAGCUUCAAUUCAACUUCAAGUUCAGGAAAUCUCAGACGCCAUUGUUGUUUAUCAAAGCUUUUCGAGGUUCCAACCCUGGUAAUAUCCGCCGCCAUCAUCUCCGAGUUCAUUGUGUUGCACAAGAUGAGGCCAAGAGCAGUAGCAGUAGUGAUGAAUCGGAACGGCGUCGUUCCGGAGAUUCUUGGAAUAAUUUGAAACCUUCUGCUGUUGAUGCUGCUUUGUCUGAUUGGUUUGGAAAUUCCGACUCUUCUAGUGAUUCUGGGAAGAAAAAUGGGAUUGGAGGAAUUCUGGGAGUAGGGCUCGCUGGUGUUCUACUUGUUGCCGGAAUUACAUCUGCAGCAAUUGCAAUUGGCAAGAGAAGCAGCUCAAGGUCCAUGCCAGUGAUGAAGCCUAUUACGGAACAGCAAGAAGUAUUACUCUCUUCUGAAGAGGAGGUUAUUGGGGAGGAAGGAAAUAUAAAUGAUGGAAAGUUGAAUGUUCAUGAUGAAAGUAACCCACAAAAUGGUAGUCAAACGGUACUUGUUAAUGAUGAUACUAAUGAAGAUUCAUCAUAUGUCAAUGAAAAUUCCACACCAAUUGGUCUUGAUGCUUCUCCUCUAGAACAAGUACAAACCGAUUCUGCAUCGCCUGAUGUAAACAGUCCUGAUACGAUUCCAAUCUCACCUGAUUUUUCUCAACCAGAAAAUGUAGAAGACUCCUAUGUGGCUUCUAGCUUCAUUGAUACAAUGAGUACCAUUGUGAUGAAUGAAACAGAUGAUCAACUUGAUGCUGUGCCAAACAGUGCUGAAGCUGGUCAAAUAGACGCCUCCGAUACUGGACUUGAACCAUCUUCUAGUGUUGUUUUACCUAUCAACCUUCAAAAUGUUGAUAGUUCAGCUACUAUUGCAGCUACAGAAACUGAUAGUGUCCCCAUAGUUGAUAAGCCAGUGGUUACAUCAGUUGCAAGUAAGGAAGAAGAUGAAGUGCAGAAACCUUCUGUCUUUGUCUCUCGUGGAAUCCCUGCACCAACGCUACUUUCUGCUGCCCUUCAGGUGCCUCCUGGAAAGGUUUUGGUUCCUGCAGUUGCUGAUCAAACCCAGUCACAAGCUUUGAUGGCACUGCAAGUAUUAAAGGUAAUCGAGAGUGAUGCUCAACCAGGCGAUCUCUGCACUCGUCGUGAAUAUGCUCGUUGGUUAGUUUCUGCAAGUAGUACUCUUUCACGAAACUUGAUCUUGAAAGUCUAUCCAGCUAUGUACAUAGAAAAUGCUACUGAGCUGGCAUUUGAUGACAUCACACCUGAAGAUCCCGACUUCUCAUUUAUCCAAGGUUUGGCAGAAGCUGGACUUAUAUCUAGCAAGCUUUCAAGACGUGAUAUGAUGUCUUCUCCUGAUGAAGAUAUAGGUUCCUUCUACUUCCAUCCUAAUAGCCCUUUAUCUCGUCAAGAUCUAGUGACCUGGAAGAUGGCCCUGGAAAAGAGGCAACUGCCAGAAGCUGACAGAAAGGCCUUGCACCAACUUUCUGGCUUCAUAGACAUUGACAGAAUUGACCCUGAUGCAUGUCCUGCACUUGUGGCUGACCUAUCUGCAGCAGAGCCAGGGAUUGUGGCACUUGCAUUUGGGUACACAAGACUUUUCCAGCCAGAUAAGCCAGUCACGAAAGGCCAAGCUGCAAUUGCUCUUGCAACAGGCGAGGCUGUUGAUGCAGUAAGCGAAGAGAUUGCUCGUAUUGAAGCAGAGUCUAUUGCUGAGAAAGCAGUUGCUACCCAUAAUGCAUUGAUGGCAGAAGUCGAAAAGGAUAUAAAUGCGAAUUUUGAGAUGGAGCUUCUGAUGGAAAGAGAAAAAAUUGAUGCAGUACAGAAAAUGGCUGAAGAAGCAAUGCAAGAAGUGGAAAAGCUUAGAGCAGAGAGAGAAGAAAAAAAUAUUGUCCUAAUGAAGGAACGGGCUACUGUAGAAUCAGAGAUGGAAGUACUUUCGAAAUUGAGACAUGAGCUAGAAGAGCAGUGGCAAAGUGUCAUGAGCAAUAAGGCCGAGAUAUCAUAUGAGAAGGAACAGAUGGAAAAACUCAAGAAAGAGACUGAAGACGAAAACCGAGCAAUUACCAGGUUGCAAUAUGAGCUGGAGGUCGAGCGAAAGGCCCUUUCCAUGGCCCGGGCAUGGGCCGAGGACGAGGCAAAAAGAGUACAAGGGCACGCGAAAGCACUAGAGGAGGCUAGAGACCGGUGGGAGAGAAAAGGCCUAAAAGUGAUGGUUGACGACGACCUCCGCGGUGAGGAGGAGGCUUCAGCUGAUGUCACAUGGACCAAUGUAGGUAAAAAGCUAUCAGUAGAAGAAACUACUGAAAGGGCUGAAACUUUAAUGGACAAACUCAAGGUUAUGGCAAGCGAAGUUAGUGGGAAAUUCAAGGAGAUAAUUAACCAGAUUAUCCAAAAGAUUCAGUCACUAAUUACAGCAAUCAAGGAAUGGUUUUCCAGUGCAGGGAAACAAACAACAGAAUUCAGAGACGUUGCUGUUGCAAAAGUAGGUGGAUCUGUUCAAGAACUGCAGCAAAAUGCAACGGGUUUUGGUACAACAGUUAAGGAAGGUGUAGAGAAACUGACACAAAAGUUCAAGACAUGAUUGUGAUCUCUUCUCUUUGUAGGCUUAGUUGUUUCGACUGGUUUUUGGGUAAGCUUACUUCGGAGUUGUGUUGUAAUAAUACUUGUAUCAUUGUUUAUACGCUGUUUUCGCGUUGGAUUUUCAUCGGGUAUUUCCCCCAUUGAGUUAUGUACACGGUACGCCCCGAAUUGUACAUGAGGAGUUGUAUUUGUAAUAAUGCUUGACCUUUAAAGACUUGUGAAGUUGUGAGAAUUGAAAACAUCUUAAAAGGUCCUGAAAUAAUCCAUUUGCUUGUAUUUAGGAGACAGGAGUUUUUAUUUUCA